UUUCUUUCUUUCCGGUGCAGAUAGUGAUCUAUGUCUGGAUUCUCUCUGUCUCCCUUCAGGUGAUGGGAUGGUGAGUCAGAAUGAGGAGGAGAAAUCCCAUCAGAAAGAUGCUGAGCAAGGAGAACCACAUGGAACUUUAUCAGGAAGAUCCAAAGGGAAUGUUUCCGGGAGUUGUACACUCUCAGAAAAUACAAAAGCCUGUGAAACUCAGCAGAGGCCAGAGGGAAAGUUUAGUAUCCUCUCAGACCCUGUAACAAGCGACAGAAUCAACUUGGAAGAGACACGCUUCACAUGCCAUGAAUGUGGGAAAAGCUUUAGUCAGAGCUCUGCCCUUUUCAGACAUCAGAGAAUCCACACAGGUGAGAAACCUUAUGAAUGCUCUGAGUGUGGGAAAUGCUUCACUGAUAGUUCAGCCCUCAUCUCACAUCAGCGAAUCCAUCCAGGAGAAGCGCCCCACACAUGCUCAGAGUGCAGGAAAAUCUUUAGUCGGAACUUUACCCUGAACACACGUUGUAGAUCCACACAGGAGAGAAGCCCUGCACAGGCGCUGAGUGCGGGAAAAGCUGCAAUUGGCUCUCAAACCUUAUCAGACAUAGAAAAAUCCACAUGAGUGACAAACCCUAUGGAUGCUCUGUGAGUGAGAAAUGGUACUUCAGUCAUUCAGGCCUCAUCUUAUGUCAUAGAAUCAACACAGGAGAAAGGCCCCCACACAUGCUCUGAGUGCAGGAAAAGCUUCAAUCAGCGCUCAAGCUUCAUUAGACAUCAGAAAAUCCACAUGAGAUAGAAUUGUAAUAAAUCCCGUGACUAGGCUUAGCCAAAAUAUCUUUUAAAAAAAUUGCAUUUGCUAAUUCCCACAUAGUGAUUUUUGUACCAUCUUCACUGUGGUCUCUCAGCUCCAUUAGAUAAGUUGCCUUCUUCUGCCUUUUGCAGCUCAUCCAUCUUUGGACUCAGUCUUAUGAUCUUUUCUAUCAAUUCCUUUCUUUUUGAG